AUGUUUGAUAUUCCCAGGCACAAACGAUCUGAAACACAUCAAAUAAGCCCUUCCUCCUCAAAAGGUUUUUCGUUAUCCCCUACAAAUGCAAUACCUAGAAGUCGUAUCAUACGAGAUAUUCAAACUAUCCGGAAAGUUUCAUCCAGAGGCACUUUACUAAGUCCAAAAGUAGCGUGAAGUGAAGAAAAGCCAAAAGCAAUAAGGAUCACCAAAUCUCGCAGCAACCGUCCAAGCCCUGAAUCUAACGUCCGCAGCCGCAAACUUCCACGUCUUUUGAUCCCUGACCAACUCCUUAUUGAAGAACAAAAAAAGUUGCCAUUCACCCCUUCAGCUUCAAUAAUAGCAGAAGCUAAAUCAAAGCCGCCAAGUGCCAAAAAAAGGACUGCAAGUAUGAUUACGCCUCCUAUGUCUCCAACUUAUACAAAUUCAGUUAUAAAUGUAGUCACCAGAUGCGCGUAUAAAACUCGUGCAGGAAGUAUGCUGGGAAGGCCAAAAAAAUAUAACCAAGAUGCUUUUAUUCCUUAUUAAUUUAUAUCUAUUUUACCUUUAAUAGUCAAAAAUAUAUCAUAUUCACUAUAUUUGUAUAUAUAAUUCAACCACUAUUGCAAGGUAUUAAGGGGCAAUAUCUUUUUGCGGUAUGUGAUGGACAUGGAGUUCUUGGCCAUGAUGUUUCAGGGUAUAUCAAAGAAAAGCUUCCUAUUACUGUAGAGCAAGGAAUGCCAGAAAAUGAGUCUCCGUUGAAUGCUUACUCGCAAGCAUUGGCCAAUGGGAUCGUAAAUGUAGAUAAACUUGUACAGGACAGCACAAUAAAUGCAGAAUUCUCAGGAAGUACACUGGUUUCUCUGCUAAUAAGAGGGUCUUCAGUUAUUUGUGGGAAUGUUGGGGACUCCAGAGCAGUUUUGGCAGAGAGAAAUGAAAAUAUGUGGAGAGCGAUUGAUCUGUCAAGGGACCAUAAGCCAGAUCUUCCUGAUGAAGGGACAAGAAUUAUUAAAGCGAACGGUAGAAUUGAGCCUUAUUUUGACGACAACGGACAGCCUUUAGGCCCUUAUAGAGUUUGGCUUCAAGACCAACAAAUUCCUGGCUUGGCGAUGUCGAGGUCUAUUGGAGAUUUCGUCGCAAAAUCAGUUGGCGUAAGUGCUGAGCCAGAAAUGCUCAUAAAACAAUUAGAGCCAAAAGAUAAAUUUAUUAUACUCGCUUCUGACGGCAUAUGGGAAUUCAUCAGUAGCCAAGAAGCUGUAGAUAUGGUUGGUCAAGCAUAGGUCUCAACCAGACACCCCCACCCCCCCUCCAAUAAGGGAACACCCACCCCCCCCCCCUUUCACAGAUGGCACCCCCCUCUCGGGUUUAUCCUAUAGAAGUAUUUGAUAGGAAAAUAAGCAGAAUAAAUUAAACAUAAUCCAAUUAAAACACUAUAUUUUUAAAUUAAGUCCACAAAUUACUUUAUAUUUAUGAUUAAUUAAUAAAUUUAAAUUAAUUAGCAAUUAAUUAGAAAAUAUAUUAAAUUUGUUUUUUUUAUAUUUAUAAAUAUAAUGCCAAAGAUAUAGACAAUGGCAUUAAUUAUUAAAUUAGCCAAGCACAAUAGAAUAACUUGCAUUAAAUUUAUGGAUUCAUAAAUUAAAGCUAAUCUGAUUACCAUUGUACAAAGAUUGCAGGACUGAAUUGGUAGCAGGAUUCAUAGUGGUAAUAAAAAUAGCAUUUGCUAUUGUCAGUUUUACUUUUGGAUCUCUAAUUCGACUUUUAGGCAUUGUUCCACAAAGUUCAUAAUUAUAUGCAGGAUAUAUUGCUAAUUAAUACCAAAGAUCAUUAUUAACUUGCUAACAAAUUUUUUCAGAUUUGGUGAGCUUACUAGUUAUAGGAAAUUCUCACCCCAUUCCAUCUACUCCUUAAUCGAUUGUGCUACGCUAUGUGGAUAUUGUAUAAAUCAGUAAUUUUGAAUAUUUAAAAUAAUAAUUUAUUUAUUACGUCUGCUCUAAAUUGGCAUUUUUCAUAUAUUUUAUGCUAUAUUAAGGGGGAUGGGGGUGGGGGUGCCAUCUGUGAAAGGGGGGGGUGGGGGUACCAUUAAAAAAGGGGGGGGGGUGGGGGUGUAGGGUUGCUACCUGUGCUUGACCAUAUGGUUAAAGAGUCUUGGGAGACUGGAAAAACAGAAGCAUGCUGUGAUAAGUUGGUAAAAGAAGCAGUUAUGAGGUGGCAAAAAGAAGACGACUCAAUUGAUGAUAUCACAGUUAUUGUGAUUUUUUUAAAUGUUUUAAAUUAA